UGUUUCCGGUGCGGCGUCACUCACAGCGCCGCCUGUCGGCCCAGAGAGCGUUAGCUGCAGUUAGCAUGCAGCAUGUUUACUUUAAACGCGAUCACAAAACUCGAUAACAUGUUCAUAAAGAUCAUGAAAUAUGUCACAGGAAAUGAAGGAUGUGAGUGUGUAUUUCCGGCCGCCGCUGGAGGUCAGAGAUGUGGUGUUCCUCACACACAGAGUCCUGCAGGAGUUUCCCAGCACAAUCCUGCCUGAAUUCAGACCCUGGUACCCGUCUGCGUCGGACACCCGGAAACCCAUCAGACCCCAGAAACCUCCUCCUCUGAUCUCCUCCGAGGAGCCGCAGGAGAUCCCGCUCCGACCGGAGGAACAUCAGGACGCUUCAGACGCCAGAGCCGAGAGGAAACUCGAGUCUGAACCGAAGAGGUUCAAGCGCUCGUGGUGCGUGAUCACAGACAGGACUACACCGCUCAAGAUCACGCACUCGUUCUCGCGGCUCUUCCGUAAGACCAUUGAGAAGCACGGGCUGGAUCUCCAUCAGAGGGUGAAGUGGGUGGUGUGUGAGCGUAACUGCGGCGCUCUCGGCGUGGAGGAGCUCUGGCUGGAGCUGAACCGAGCCAUCAGACGCUCACGACUGCCCACCUGCAACGCCAACUUCCAGAGAGCGCUGGCUCAGAUCUGGCUGUACUGUGAUGUCUUCUACUGCGAAUACAUCGGGAACUUCUUGAAGCAGGAGUUCCAGCUCUCAGGGCAGAUCACACUAACUGCACAUAAACUCGGAGACAUAAUUAAGUUAUAAGUGUUUAUUGAGUUUUCUGUGAAUGUUAUACAGUGAAACAGGGUGAAAAUAUAUUAUAUUUAUAAUUAGCCAUUAAUGAAUUGUUUUUAUAUGACAUGAAUUUUACACCCGUAUUAAAAUGUUGUGUGUGUUUCA